GUUUACCUAAAUCACGUUUGCCAGCAUUGUGCCGUUUCUCGUCUGAUUUUGUUUCAGUUUGCAAAGCUUUUUCAUUUUAUUUAAUCCUAAAAUGAGUGAAGAAAGUGCGGAGCAAACGCUCAUCUGUGUGCCUGGCCAAGUGUUGUGCGCUGCGUCCGAAUUCACGGUAGCCGGCGAGGGCACAUACGAAAAGCUUGGCUACAUCCACGCUACCCUUGCCGGUAUAGUUCAGAUGAAAAAGCGCGAGAAGAACACAUUUCUCUCGGUGCUGUCUUUCGGCGGUGGAGCCACAGUCCCGAUCAUAGGCGAUAUUGUAACUGCACGAAUCACAGCGGUGCAACACCGGAUGGCGAAAUGUCGCAUCUUAUGCAUCGGAAAAACGGCACUUAAUCGCACAUUGCGAGGAAUCAUCCGUAAAGAGGACGUUCGCGCAACAGAGGUAGACCGGGUCGAAAUGCACAAAUGCUUCCGGCCGGGUGAUAUCGUGCUAGCACGGGUGCUGCAUCAAAUCGAGCUAAAUGUGUUCCAUCUUUCCACGGCGGAUAAUGAGCUGGGUGUUGUGGUGGCCUUAUCGCCGAGUUCGCGAGCUACCUGGGGUGCAGAACCGAUUCCGAUGGUUCCAAUCUGUUGGACGGAAGUGCAGUGCCCUGUAACGCUGGUAAAAGAACCGCGCAAAGUAGCCAAAGUGUUACCAGAAAAAGGAGAAUCGCUGAAGAAGAAUCUAGCGCUGUUCUGAUGAGAAAUUCAUGGGUAAAGUUGUUAAAAGAAUCACUGAAGAAGAAUCUAGCGCUAUUCUGAUGAGAAAGGCAUGGGUAAAGUUGUUAAGGAAUCGAAUAAAUUUAAACA